AUGGUUCACGAUAUCGUUGUCUUCUCUGGGAGCUCACACCCAGAAAUUGCUGAAAGAAUAUGUCACAACUUAUCUCUUGAUAAAGGUAAAGUCAAAUUAGGUAAAUUCAGUAAUGGUGAAACUUCAAUAAGUAUUAAUGAAUCUGUUCGUGAAAAAGAUGUUUAUGUGGUGCAGAGUGGAUGUGGUCAUGUUAAUGAUAGCUUGAUUGAAUUGUUGAUUAUCCUUAGUGCUUGUAAAACUGCUUCUGCUAAAAAAGUCACUGCUGUUAUCCCAUUGUUUCCUUAUUCAAGACAACCUGAUAUCCCAUAUACUAAAAAAGGUGCUCCAUUAGUUUCAAAACCAAAAAAUGAAUAUACUUUUGAAAGUGUACCAAAUACUCCAAGAGCUACUUCAAGAAAUUCUAAUUUUGAUUCUAAUGAAACUCCUUCAAAAGAUAUACAACCAAAUGAAAUCUUACAUCAACAUCAAGCUCCACCACCAACUUUUAAAUUAGAACAACCAACUCCAAGUAAAGCUGAUAGUCCUAAUCAUCAUCAUCAUCAUUCUCGUAUUCCAAAAAUUCCAGAAUCAAAAGAAAAUAGUACAUCUGAAUCUUUUUCCAAAAAUCAUACAAAUUCUGGUUAUAAACAAUGGGUUGCACAAGCUGGUACAUUAGUUGCUGAUUUAUUAACCACUUCAGGUGCUGAUCAUAUCAUUACAAUGGAUUUACAUGAUGCUCAAUUCCAAGGAUUUUUCGAUAUACCUGUUGAUAAUUUGUAUUCAAAACCAAUUUUACAACAUUAUAUAUCAACAAAGAUUCCAAAUUAUCAAGAUGCUGUUAUUGUAUCCCCAGAUGCUGGUGGUGCUAAAAGAGCUACUGCAAUUGCCGACACUUUAGCUAUGUCAUUUGCCUUGAUUCAUAAAGAACGUCGUUCUCACAAGAGUCGUCAUCCUUCAAAUGCUACUAAUAAUGAAUUAAAUAGUGCAAGUUCUAUAGAAAGUUCAAAUAAUUCAGUUUCAAGUGUACCAUUACAACAAUCUUUGAGUGAAUUGUCUGUUGAGAAAAAAUUAAAAUUUGCUACAACAAUGCUUGUUGGUGAUGUUAAAGGUAAAGUUUGUAUUUUAAUUGAUGAUUUAGUUGAUACUUCAUAUACAAUUACAAGAGCUGCAAAACUGUUGAAAGAUCAAGGUGCUACUAAAGUUUAUGCCUUAAUAACUCAUGCAAUUUUCAGUGGUGAUGCUAUCAAGAGAGUUAAACAAAGUUCAAUCGAUAAAAUUAUUGUUACAAAUUCUGUACCACAAGAAGAUCAUCAAAAGGAAUUAGGUGAUUCAUUAGAAGUUUUAGAUGUUUCAAAAAUUUUCGGUGAAGCUGUUAGAAGAAUACAUAAUGGUGAAUCUGUUUCAAUGUUAUUUGAUCAUGGUUGGCCAUGA